AUGUAUUCUUGUCGCGCAACACUUCAACAAAGCAAAGAACUUGGAACGAAUGAUUCAUCAUCGUGGCUUGGUGCUUUCGGAUAUCUCGAGUGUACCAAGGAGGUCACUGAGCUCACUAAAGCUAACUUUUUGUCUACCGUUGGAGAAAAGACGCCUGCUUUUGUUAGAUUCUCCACUGUGACUCUUGGUAGAGAAUUUCCUGGUGAGGCUCGAAACCCUCAAGGCUUCGCCAUCAAACUCUACACCAUGGAAGGGAACUACGAUAUCGUUGGUCUGAACUUUCCUGUGUUCUUCUGCCGCGAUCCUAUUCAAGGACCAGAUGUUAUCCGCUCCCAGUCCCGUAACCCAGUUAACUUCCUUCUGGACCACGACGCCCUCUUUGAUCUACUCGCCAACACCCCAGAGGCCAAUCACGCCGGACUUAUGUUCUUCAGUGAUCACGGAACGCCCCAAGGAUGGCGCUUCAACCAUGGCUACGGCUGCCACACCUUUAAAUGGGUCAAUGCAAAUGGAGAGUUCGUCUACAUCAAAUAUCACUUCAUCGCCAAGCAUGGCCAGAAGCAGUUCACCGACAGCGAAGCCAUGCAGAUGUGUGGUGAAGACCCCGAUUACUCCAAUAGAGAUCUCUGGGAGGCUAUUGAGAAGGGUGAGAACAUCGAGUGGACUGCUCAUGUCCAGGUCAUGGAUCCCAGACAGGCCGAUCCUGACAAGCUUGGUUUCGAUCCUUUCGAUGUCACAAAGGUGUGGCCAAGAUCACAGUUCCCCAUGAAGGAGUUCGGUCGUCUAGUGCUCAAUAAGAACACGGAGAACUUCCACCGGGAUGUAGAGCAGGCUGCCUUCUCGCCAGGCAGCAUGGUCCAUGGUAUCGAAGACUCGCCCGACCCUCUUCUCCAGUUCCGCAUGUUCUUCUACCGCGAUGCCCAGUACCAUCGCAUUGGUGUCAACCUGCAUCAGAUCCCUGUCAACUGUCCCUUCAUGGAAAAGUCCUACGCCUCGCUCAACUUCGACAGCCCCAUGCGCGUUGAUGCCAACCAUGCGGGAAACAAACAAUACGCCCCCAACAGUUUCGCUCACAAGUUUACAAGGAGCCCAAGUUCAGGCCUAGUCCUGACUCAAAGCUGA